AUGUCGGACAUUGAGCUUCUGAAGACCAAGUUUGAGUACCACCAGGACUGGCCCAAGAAGGGCAUCCUGUUCUGUGAUGUGCUGCCCGUGCUGCGUGACCCGAUCACGUUUGAGAUCUUGAUCACCAACUUCAUGUCGCAUAUCUUCACGCAGACGCUCCCUCGCCUGGCACAAGAGGGCCGCGACUCGCGCAUCAACUACGUGGUGGGCCUGGAUGCUCGUGGUUUUCUGAUCGGCCCUGUCAUUGCGCAGCGCCUGGGCGCCGGCUUUGUGCCGGUGCGCAAGCACGGCAAGCUGCCAGGCGAGUGCGUGCAGGCCACGUUCGCGAAGGAGUACGGCGAGGACGUCUUUGAGAUGCAAAAGGGCGCGAUUCCCGCUGGCGCGAAUGUGUUGAUCGUCGACGACCUCAUUGCGACGGGUGGCUCCGCGUCCGCUGCGGGCCAGCUCGUGCAGCAGCAGCAGGCCAACACGGUCGAGUACCUGUUUAUCGUGUCGAUUCCGUUCCUGGGCGGCGCCAAGAAACUCGACGCGCCCGAGUACCAGUACCCACCGUAG